UCACUUCAGGUUGCUAACACUGCAUCAGUCUGAGGCAUCUGCAUGUUUUGUAAAUUGCAACCUCUUGUUGAUAGAACAACGUGAAUUCCUCAAAUUAUCUAAAUAAUAAUGGCUGAUGAAGAAUAUGAUGGAGAGGAUGGAGGUGGAGAUUACGAUGAUAUGGUAGAAGAAGACCCCAACAUAGAAGAGGCCGAGGAACAAGAGGAGGACGGUUACAAUGUUCAGUGCCUUGCUCCUGGCCAGGCUGGUGGAGGUGUGGAGAAAUCUAAAAGAAUAACAACUAGAUAUAUGACUAAAUACGAACGAGCCAGAGUACUAGGUACCAGAGCCCUACAAAUAGCAAUGUGUGCCCCAGUAAUGGUUGAAUUAGAGGGUGAAACUGAUCCACUCCAAAUAGCUAUGAAAGAGCUAAAGCAAAGGAAAAUUCCAAUCAUCAUCCGAAGGUACCUUCCUGAUCAUUCCUAUGAAGAUUGGAGUAUAGAUGAGUUAAUUAUAAUUGACCAUUAAUAGAAUAAUUUUCUGGUAUAACAUAUUUUUAUAAGUAUUAAUAGAUUUUAAACAUUCAA